AUGCCUUCUCAAGCACCCGGCCCGGAUGUACUGGAGAACCCAGCUGACCUCCUGCGGCAAACGCGCGAGAACUUCUCCAUUGCACAUGAUCUACAGUUGCUGAACGCCACAGAGGAGAACUUGCGCCGACUCAUGCAGCGGACGCAGCAGCUAGAGGCCAAGGGAGCGCAGGAGCUCUCGGAGCUGCAGGCGCAGCAGACUGAGCGGGCACAGGCCGCGGAGGCAAUGCGGGCGGAAAAGGAGACGCAGGCGCAACAUCUGCAGGCGCUGACACAUUCUCAAGACCUUGUGCGGCUUGCCAACGAACUCGAGGAACUGGAACAGCAGCUGGUGAGCCUUCGGGCUGAGCUGGACGAAGGGAUGACGCAGCUGCUGCAGACGUCGGAGCCCACGGCGGCGUUCCAGGGCGACGCGGAGCACGAGCAGCAGAGUCCGGAGGUGCAGACGAACCUGCUCAAGCUGCAGCUGUACUCGUCGCUGGGUGUGACCCUCGACACAGAGCACAACCAGGCCCUAAUCGAGCGUGGCGACGCAGCGGGGAUUGACCUCAUUGCUCUCGAAGACGACUCGCUCAGCCCGUUCUUUCGCACGAAGUACGUGUGGGACCGCUUAUAG